AUCCAGAUAUUUUACCAGAAGGUUCUGUAUUAAAUGAGUCUCAUGCUCCUGUUAUACUGACAGCUAUCAAUAAGAUAGUCAAUGAAUGGGAGACUCUGGGAAUAUUCCUUGGAAUUAAAAAUGAAGAAUUGAAGCUAAUUCAUUUUAAUUCUUUACAUCAAAUAGAUAUAUGCCGUAAAGACAUGAUAGUUCACUGGUUAAAGACUGGUACUGCUACAAGGGAAAAGCUGAUAGAAGCACUUGAGGAUGUAGAAAGAAGCGAUGUUGCUGCUGAAGUAAAGAGUCUGCCUACUCCAGAAGAAGAGAUAGAUG